UUGCAGCCUAUGUUAAUCCUUUUCUAGUAGAUUUCUGUGGUUGUCCAAACCCUUCUUGAACGAAUCAGUUGAGGUUGCAGACACCACUUCUUCUGGGAGUCGGUUCCAAGAGUUUAUGACUCGAUGUGAGAACCAGUACUCAACAGCAAUAUGAUUUCUCCUUGGCUUUUGAACUUUCCUGCUAUGUCCUCUAAGGUGUUCCGACCUGGUGGGAAGGAAAAGAGAGAAUAGACUACACGAUGAUUACCGAAUUUACAGAUGAAGUUCUUCAUGGAAUCAAAUGUGACUCAAAGAGUUCAAGGAAUAAAUCCUUUGUUGAAGCACAAAUGCAAAGUGAACCAUACAAGAUUUAUCAUCGUGGUAUACAAUCGAAACGAUAUAAAACUCAAGAGAUUCAAACAGACUGGCUUCAUCAAGAUGAAGAAUUAAAUAAUACUGACAAUAAAAACGACUCUAAAACUCAGCGUACCAAAGAAACAAAAUUAAUUAACUUCCUGAAACGCAUCGAACCAAUCAUGACAAAAGAAAUCCAAAACAAUAUAACUUCUAAGGCAUUUAAACGAUUGGAAUCAAGAAAAAUAUUCAAUAGGGUUGAUGCGUUGGAAAAAUAUUUACUUAUACUGGAUAAAGCUAAAGAAGACAAGUUAUCUGUUACAGGACUGUCGUGGAAUUCAACUGGAGCAUUGCUGGCAAUAUCUUAUGGAUCAAUAUGUCAUACUGACUGGUGUACACAUGUUGGUUAUGCAGCACUUUGGAAUGUAACAAGUAGUACAUUGGAGUCGAAUAAUCCCAAGCACAAAUAUACAACAAAUAGUUGUUUAAUGUGUAUUAAAUGUCAUCCAACAAUUCCAUCUUUGUUAGCUGGUGGAACAUAUACAGGUAAUGUAGUGAUCUGGGAUCUUUCACGUGGAAAUGAUUAUAUGCUAACUAAUACUGAAGGUACCACAGAAAUUGGUCAUAAAGAUUGUAUUAAUCAAAUUGAAUGGAUAUCAAAUUAUCUACAAUCAGAUUUUCAAAGUUUAAACUUAAACAAUAUGAAAAAUAUUCACAUCAAAAGUUAUCGAUUACUUACAGCUGGUAGUGAUGGAAGGAUUAUAUGUUGGCAGAUUGAUCUGCAUCCUCCAGAAAAAAUAAAUUGUAUUAAAAUUUUUCAGAUAAGAAAUAAAGAUCAAACAUCUCUACCAAUGUACAGUUAUUCAAAUUCAUUGAACCAUUCAACUCUUCGAUCGAAUUUAUCAGAUCUAAAUAAUGAAAGAUCUGUAAAUAUUACUUGUCUAUCUAUAUCCAAAAAUAAUCCAGAUAAAUUUAUUGUGGGUACUGAAGUUGGAGGUUUACUAAUAUGCGAAAUGGAUUCUGUUAACUGGGAUACAAAUCACCAAGAAUCUGUUAACGAGUAUAAACAAUCACCGGUUAAAUUUUCAUUAGCUCGUCAAGUUGGUCCAAUUUACUCAGUCGAUUGGAGUGCAUUUCAUCAUAAUCUUAUUCUUUCAUGUGGAUUAAAUCAAGGUGUACAAAUUUUUAAUGUAUUACAAAAAUCACCUUUAAUAAAUAUUAAUCCAAGUGAAGGUUUAAUAUCAGGGGCUAAAUUUUCCCCUCAUUAUCCAAAUAUCUUCAUUUGUAUUACUGAAUUCAAUCAAAUACUCAUCUAUGAUUUAGCUGAUGAUGAUAGUGAUGGUGAAAUGCAGAUACAAAUGACUACCAUGGAGGAUGUCGACAGGGAAUAUAAUUACCAGCCUACACUAAUGCAUACACUCACCUCUGUGAUAGACAAUACUAAUCAAGGCUCACUUAUAACUGUAGAGUUUAAUCAUAAAAGUUCCAGACUCUUAGCUACUGGAAGCACUGACGGAAACACUUAUAUCUGGGAUCUGGGCACUUUAAUCAAUGAAUUAUCACCGAAAAUAACUUAAAGUUAUCUGAUUUUGCCGAACACACUGACCCAUCUUUUUUUAUUCCAUUACGUUGAACAUACAUUUUACUAAUCAAUUUAUGAUCGUUUGUUAUUUAUUUGUGUAAAUACCUAAAUGUAUAUAUUUUGUACAACUAUUUUCAUUUCUUUUGGUGUUACAAGACCUUUGUUAUUGAAAAGAAAUUAAAAAUUGAAGAACUGGA